UUAGACUUGUCCACGAUGGCGUCAAAGCAAAUCGCCCUCACCAGAGUCCGUCCCGCUCUCCAGGCGGCGCCUCAAACUACCCGCAUUCCCGCAUUCCUCAACAAACUACACGAAAUGGUCAACGAUCCCAAGACCAAUCAUCUUAUCGAGUGGGCUCCAGACGGAGAUUCCUUCUAUGUUUACAACCAAGAACAAUUCGCGCGGGACGUGCUGCCUCACUGGUUCAAACACCAAAAUUUCGCUUCAUUUGUCCGCCAAUUAAACAUGUACGGAUUUCACAAAGUACCACAUCUUCAGCAAGGAGUCCUCAAAGGAGACGCCGACACCGAGUACUGGAAUUUCGAGCACGCCAACUUCCGUCGCGACCAACCAGAUUUGCUUUGUUUAAUCCAACGCAAAAAGUCUGCCAACGUUCCUGAUGAGGAGAAGAUUGAGAACCCCGGCAAUAACGCUACUAUGCCGACAACAGGUAGCGGUGGUCAAAUGCUCGACCUACAAUCUAUAGUGAAUGGAAUAUCAACUAUCAAGCGACACCAAACAGCCAUCUCCGCUGAAUUAAGCGAUUUGCGACGCAGUAAUGAGCUGCUUUGGAAAGAAUCGGAAGCUGCGCGUGCACGUCACCAGAAACAGCAGGACACCAUCAACCGAAUCGUUAAAUUUCUCGCUGGCGUCUUUGGCAACCACGUGAACGUCCAAGACGAUGUCUCUGCUCCCUCACCGUCGCGAGCUGUAGUUCCCAGACGACAGUCACGACUGAUGAUCGAGGGAGGUACUAUGGACCCACUGAAGGAAUCACCAGUUCCUUAUACCACUAUGGAGACUCCGAUGGCCGAGUCAUCUCCUACGGAGUCGGACUCACCCAAAGCCAUGACGGUCAACUUUGAUUCGCCUAUCACCACUCCGAUUACUCUCUCGCCUGAGGUUGCAAAGACCGACCUUAUCUCGACUUUGCCCGCGGAAGACUACUCACUUUCCCGCUCCCGCUCACCUAAUCCGGACCUCGACCAUAUCAUUCAGACCACUCUUAGCACUAUGACUCCUGCUCAAAUUCAACAGCUUAUGCACUCUAUGUCGAUGCCUCCCUCAUAUACCGAUCUUCCAGCGGCGAACUUUGACCAGGACUCUUCCCUGAUGUCGUAUCAACCUGCACUCGACUUUGGCCAGCUAGCUCCCUUGUCACCACUUCUAGACCCACUCCAGCCUCAGUACAACAGUCUUUCGGAAAAGGUCGACAAGUCGUGGAAAGCAACGCAGGAUAUUGAGCAGGAUGUGGAUGCGGUCGAUAACCGGAUAAGCAACCUUUUCCAACAGUUUGAGUUGCCUGGUGACACCAUCAAUGGCACUGAUCAAAACGCCGAAAGCGAGCUCUUUCGGACAUUUAUGAACGGAUUGGACGACCCAAUUGCGGAAACCACUGUUGAUGAGGCUGAAAUUGGCGCGAGAAAACGCAAGUCAAUUUCAGGCAUUACUGACUCCAGUGUUGUCGAAUUGUCCCCAGAAGCACGCAACAAACGGAGAAGAGAAAAAUAA